AUGGAGUGGGUGAAAAGAAAGAUAAGGUUCUGGAAAAGGAGGAACGACAGAUUAUCGCCUUGGUAUAUUGAAAAUGGAGGCAAAUUGUUAGAAGGGCUAAUCGCUUCUUCUAAUGGUAAGUAUAAUAUUCCUUAUCGCGUCUUCACCGUCGAAGAACUUAAUAAAGCAACAGACAUAGAUUUCACUUGUAUAGGAAAUGAUAUUUCCAGAUCGGCUAUGGUGGAUGAAACGGGUUAUUACAUCAGUGGCAUUUUUCAGCAAAGGUCAAUUCUGGUUAAGAAGUUUUAUGUUUAUGCUCCCGAAGUCAAAGGGGCGCCCUAUGCUGUCAAAGACAUAGUAAUCACGGUGCAGAUGAACCACCACAAAAAUGUUUUGAAGAUCUUGGGUUGCUGCUUAGAUAUAGAAAUACCCGCUAUUAUCUAUGAAAUCGAGAAAAAUUAUGGACUUCUGUAUGACCUUCUUUUUAAAAGGAAAGAAGGGAAUUUUGAGAAUAAUAUUGGUAGAUCACUCUCUUGGAGUAAUCGACUAAAAAUUGCGACAGACGUUGCAAAUGCUGUCGUUUAUCUUCAUACUGCAUUUCCCACACCUAUCAUCCAUAGUGAUUUAAACACAAAAAACAUUGUCAUAGACCAUCAUGGUGUUGCUAAGCUUGUCGAUUUCUCACUCUGCAUAGCACUGCCUCCCGGAGAAUCACAGUUGGAAGUAGAUUUUAUUUUUGUGAGUAAUGGACAUGUUGACCCCGAGUGCAUCACAACAGGCAUUAUAACAGAGAAGGGUGAUGUCUACGCGUUUGGAAUGAUUCUCCUUGAACUCUUAACUUGUCGUAGACCUGACUUUGGAGAUCAUAAAUUUAUUCCUUUACAGGAGUAUGUAAAAAACCACAUUGACGAGAAUGAGUUGAGUAAGGUUUUGGACCCGAGAAUUGUAGGGGAAAGCGGCGAAAUAGAGCAAGAGCAUCAAUUGCAGGCUUUCUCAAAACUUGCUUUGAGAUGUACUCGUGACAAAGGGGCGGAUAGGCCAGAAAUAAUCGAUGUGGCUAAAGAACUGGUAAGGAUUCAGAGGUCUAUUCAUCCAGUUUAG